AUGAAUAAAAAAUUGGACAAAAAUAUAUCCAAAGAGUUCGACGUGAAGAGAACGGAAUUGCUUUAUCAACGUCCAAGAGAAAUUAACAGGAAGAUCGUUUGGAUCCUCUGCAUUACAUAUAUAUUAACAUAUUGCAUACAAGGGAUUACAUGUUUUAUGCUUUUGAAAAAGCAAGAAAAAUUUAGUUACAUCUAUCUUAUACAUAAUGAAAAAAGUAUAAAUGAUAACCAUCGUAGAAAAAAUUAUUUAAAUUAUAAAAAUAGAAUAAUUUUAAAAAAAAAUGGCUUUAAUAAAAAACAAAAGUUUGCUUUAAAAAGUGAAAAGGUAAAUAAAAUUAUUCAAAGUUUAAAAGAGCUAACAUUAUUAGAAGCAAGUGAAUUAGUGAAACAAAUUGAAGCUACAUUUUCGGUUGACACGAGACAAAAUAUAGGUGUAUCUAGCAGUGAUCAGGAAAAUAAAAAAAAUGCAGAAGAUGCAAACGCUAAUGAGGAAGAGGACGACGAAAAUAAGGUAUACGAUUUGAUUCUAGAAAAUAUAGAACCCAAUAAAAAAAUACCCAUAAUUAAAAUCGUUAAGGAGAUUAAAAAGGACCUCAAUUUAAAGCAGGCUAAGGAAAUAGUGGACAACUUACCUCAAACUCUUUUCGAAAAAAUUAACAAAGAAACGGCUGACAAAUGGAAAGCCAAGCUCACAGAGGCUGGGGCCACCGUUAAGUUGAAAUAA